CGCCAGCCUCGCUAAACCUGAGGUCAGGAGGGGCCGGACUCUGGUACCAGGAAGGAGGAAAAGGGAAAGGGGACAGGGGCGGGGAAAAGUGACGGGAGCAGAGAGAGCCGGAAAUGAGUGGCUAGCGAGGAGCCCCAGAGCGCCCUGUCCGGUGGCGCUCUAGCCCAUGCGCGCCGUCUCUAUGCUCCUCCGCGUCUGGUCUAUUUAUUGUCGCGGGGAAGCAGGGGCCGCCCUGUACCCGGAACAACAAAGCACGAAAGACGGAGCCCGAGCCUCGGGGGCUCCUAGCAACGGGCCGGGGCGGGAGUUCCAUGGAGACUGGGGAGCGCGCCCGCCUCAUCUUCAUUCUUGUGCUCCAGCUUCUCCUUCGCAUCCGACGCAACCGGCAGCAGCGCUGCCGCCGCGUCCUCUGCGGCCGCCCCGUCUUCCCACGGAUGUGAUCUUCGUGGCCAGAAGCUAAGUUUUAAACUACCCCAAUGGAUGCAGACAGUGAUGUUGCAUUGGACAUUCUAAUUACAAAUGUAGUCUGUGUUUUUAGAACAAGAUGCCAUUUGAACUUAAGAAAGAUUGCUUUGGAGGGAGCAAAUGUAAUUUAUAAGCGUGAUGUUGGGAAAGUAUUAAUGAAGCUUAGAAAACCUAGAAUUACAGCUACAAUUUGGUCCUCAGGAAAAAUUAUUUGCACUGGAGCAACAAGUGAAGAAGAAGCUAAAUUUGGUGCCAGACGUUUAGCCCGCAGUCUGCAGAAAUUAGGUUUUCAGGUAAUAUUUACAGAUUUUAAGGUUGUUAAUGUUUUGGCAGUUUGUAACAUGCCCUUUGAAAUCCGUUUGCCAGAAUUCACAAAGAACAAUAGACCUCAUGCCAGUUAUGAACCUGAACUUCAUCCUGCUGUGUGCUAUCGGAUAAAGUCUCUAAGAGCUACAUUACAGAUUUUUUCAACAGGAAGUAUCACAGUAACAGGGCCCAAUGUAAAGGCUGUGGCUACUGCUGUGGAACAAAUAUACCCAUUUGUGUUUGAAAGCAGGAAAGAAAUUUUAUAACUCAUCACUUAAUUGGUUAGAAUCUCUAACUGAGCACCUUUUAAAACCUGCUGCACAUUGGACUCAAAGCAAAAGGAAAACUGGACCAACAGUAAUUGAGGAAAUAGACUCUUUUAUUCACUCACGGCUACAGUGUAAGCUCCAGUCCCUUUGGAUUUUAUUUCAAACUUUGCUGUAAUAUAAAAAGGAAGUUUACAAGACAUGACAUUGCUGCUUUUACAAAAGGACAUUCUAUUUAUUUUCGCAGUAAUUCUCAUGUCCCCAUAAGCAGAGCUGUCACAAUGUGCACUACCUUAAAUUGUUUUAUUGUUGUCAUUGUAAUUUUUUUCCAGUUUGAGCUAAUGUGUUUUAUUUGUGAAUAGUCUUUUACAUUUUUGUAUGCUGAAUAUGGGCACCAAAGAACCUGUAAAAGUUAUCUUUUUCAAUUGAAUGUGCACAAAUAAAAGUUUGGAAAAGAUCUUUAUUCAUAUCCAUUCUGUAACUUUUAUUCCCCAUUUUCUAUUUUAACAAAAAUUGUAUUCAUAAUUUUUUUUUUAAAUCUAUGCAAGUUUAGACUUUGGCUAAAGUGUGUUAGCUUAUUUUUGAAGUGUAUUUUGUAUAUAUAUAUAUGUAUAUGCUGUGUGUGUAAAGUAUCUUUUCAUGCUCUGUUACCAAAUAACAAAUAGGAAAUUUUUUUCUUGGGGAUUAGAAGUAAACACUUGUAUAUACUCUAGGGAACUGGGUAGGACUUUAUAAAGGAUAAUGUUUUAUGUUGCUAAUUUAAUAUGAUAGAAAAUGUUAAAUAACUUUUAAAAGUUAAGAAAUUGUAGUUUUUAAAAAAGAAGCCUCUUUCCCACUAGAUGAAUAUGAGAAAGAAGCUGUGAUGGGUGGUACCUCAUCUGUUACCUUUGUUAUUCUGGAGAGACUCUGUAGUUGUAGGGAAGUGAUUAAGGUUCUUGGUGCUCAAGGCUAUAUUAAGAGUCCUGUCAGAAGUUGAUAACAUUGUGUAGUUUUAACAAGAAGUGCCCACAAGCUGCCUCUGUGCCACAGUAUAAUUAUAAUAUAGUUGAACUUGAACUUGAAAGCCAUUUUGCAAGUUAUGUCUUUCCCUUUACUGUGUUUUAUUUAAUGGAGCUAAAGAGUGGCAAUUCAGUGUAUAGGAUUGCAAAGCUUAAAAUUAUUAUAAAUAAGUGUUUAUGAAGCAGUGGCCUCUGGCUCACCCUGAGCCUUGGAAUGGUAGCACAGGAUCGAUCAGUCUGCAGUUGCACUCUUCUUACAUGUAGGAGUUUAGCAUAAUUAACAGUGGUUUUACCAAGAAAUACAGCUGUGUAGAGUUGAAUCAGCUUCUCAGUAGAAAUUUAGUAAAAUCAGUAUUCCAACUGUGUCCCGAAAACCUGAAUUACCAAAAUGUCUUGAAACAUUUGUAAAAUCUUACAACAUCUGAACCUUCAUGUUCAGUACAUUUUCCAUACCAUAUUAUAAAACCUUGAAAACCUAGCUUAAGCACUGCACUGAACAAUAUUUUCUGUAUAUUUUUAUCUUCUUUCUCUCAAAGCCUUCCCCUACCCUGUCACUCCCUCAAAUGUAGGAGGCAAAAGCUAACUUUUAUACUUUAUUUCUUAUGAAAGAUUCAAGUGUGUGUGUUUUCGAAUUUUAUUCUUUUUUUUCCUACAUUUGUGUUUAUUUGCUUCAUUUCAAGAUCAGUAGGAUACUAAACUCAUAAAUACAAAGAAUAUUACUAGAUGAAAGAAUUAUAGGUAGACUUUUUUAAAUUUGAGAUUUUUCCACUUAGUUUUAAUAAACAGUCAUAAGUAAACUGUCCUGCAGUGUUCACAAAAAAUARUGGGGCGGGGGAGAAGAAUUAUACAACUAAGGUGCAGAUCCAGGUAAUUUAACAUUUUCAGUAUUCAGAUGACUUGAGAACCUUGCAGAUCAGUAGAAAUGAAAAUGUUUUCUCUGAUGGAGAGGAAAGCUAGCCUGAACAGGUCUGGAUUUAGGUUGCUACAUGUAUGCUCACCACCUGGCAGUGUUUGUGGGUGAUCCACUAAGCAUGACAAAGCUGGGAAGAAGCAAGUGUGUCUGAUGUCUUCUGGCUUUCCACAAGUACUGUACAUUUUUUAUAUAAAUAAAAGCUGUGAAUAUAUACAUACAAAUUAUAAGUAUUACCCCCUUUUUAUUUUUGAAAACCAAAAGGCUUCAUUUGGUGGGUGGGGGGGACAAGUAUUGGGUAAAAAUGAAUCUGAAGACAAAAUGGCCUGCUCACAAACUCAGGAUGAUAAAAGGAAAAUAUAAGAGAAUGUUUAAGACACUGAAGUUGAAGUUACUAGUAGUAAACCUUCUUGGUUUAUUUUCUGCCCAUUUGCAAUGAAUGGCCAAACCAAGAAAUAGCUUAAGUAUAAAUGGUGUUUGAACUUGAAAGGAAUUAUGUUACAAUUUAAAAAAAAAAUACCUUAAACAAUCUGUGAUGCUUAGAAAAAAACAAACAAAACCAAGAUAACAUGAAAACCUGACUUGUAUUUUUAAAAUCCUGGCAUGUAACUCUUAAGUUAAACUGAUCCUCUGCAGAACACAUUUUGCCUUCUUGUUCCAAAACAAAAGCACACUCUAAUUUGCAUAGGAGGGAAUCAAUAUCUAUUUUGCUCCUUCCUGCCAACUUUUAAUUUUAGAUGGUACAUCUCAGAACCAUACUUUUAGUCAUUUUCCUGAGUCUUUGAUAUUAAUGAUUUACUAUUUAUAUAGACUUAUAGUCUUUUCCACUUUUUAAAUAAGAGAAUUUAGUAGAUCAUGUACCUUUUAUCAAACUGGGACAGUUUGUUAGCUAAAUACUGGGGUUUUGAUACAAAGGAUUCUCUUAUGAUCAAUCAUUUUUAAAAAUUAUUUUUCAAGUUAGGUUGUUCAUGCAUUAAAAGUUUWUAUGUGUCUUCCAUAGUUUAUAUUAGUAAUCUAAUGGGUUUCUACUUAAGUGGUUCUAGAUUCUUUAUUAUAGAUUUUCUUUCAUUCUGAAUUCUCUUGAUGAAAUACUUAUCUAGUCUUAAAUUCAACUGGAGAAAUGCAGAAUAGAGCAAUUCAUUACUGUUGGGUAAAAAUCCCACUGGAUGUUUGCUGGUUUGGUUGGCCAUCUCUUGUUUCAUCACAGAGAAGAACAUAGGGAAUGGUCCUAAUUUCUGAAUGUCAUUUAUUAUGUCUGUAUUGUUCUGAAUGUCAGCAUCAUUUAUAGCCUCUCUGCCAUAACCUGAGGUAGAGAUAUUCCUGAGACAUGGGAGGAAUUGCAGGAAACCAUGGAUUACUAAAAAUUAGGAGAGUCUUCCAAGGAGAAAAUUUAUAGGUUUGACCUACUAACAUAAACCUAAUUGCUUAGAGAUUUAGAUAAAUAACCUAAUGGACUGAUUCCUUUUCUGGUGUUUUACUAAUAGCUACUUCUAAAUAAAUAUGGUCCCAAGAUUUUAAAAUUGUCCUCUUUAA